AUGCCCCAGUCUCAUGUAGAGUCAAAAGCCUGCUCCGAAGCUCAUGUUUCUGAAGGAGCUGGCCAGGACAUGGCCUGGGCACCGAAGCUUGGCUCGAAGGCCAAAGAGGUCAAUGGAGAGCAGGCGGAGGCUGCCGACUCCAUGCCCAGUGGUUUCCCUUACUAA